CCCCGCCGUUUUUCAGUUCCAGUCGUAAGCAUUCGUCGGCGCCGCCCUUACCUCUAUUCACCUUCUUCUUCCUGCCGUUGCUUUUCCUUCCCGCGCUUCAUUCAUUUUCUUCCUUCAGGCUUGAGAGCUCAGCUGAUUGGUUCCCCUUUUCGAAACCACCGUACAUGCAGCGUUUGACACGAAAUUUCAACUCAGCAAGAGCUUGAUUUGGUGGUUCUCUUCUUAGCGAGGAAUUGAAGAGUUGCUACUUUGCUGGUAUCUCGAGGGUGACCCGUUUUUGUUCAGAAACUUGAUUUGGUGAUUGCUUCUUUACUUGGGUAAAGGAAGGAGAUUUGAGUCAUCAGCAAAGAAUGCUGGACGAGAGUAAAUUUGAUGUGCAUUUGAAACUAUGGGCGCUCAGAAUCCCUCGAGAGCUCUGCAAGGUAGCUACUCGCAUCCUCAAUGGAUACUUGCUUGAUAAGCCUCGAGUAAAACCGAUUACAGAAGACCCAACGAGUGAUAAGAACAGGUACAUGAUAUUGUCUGAGAAGGUUGAAACCCCUGAGCUACCUGAAAUCCCAGUUGAAAAACUUGAUGAACUGAAGAAGUUAUGUGAAAUGGAAGUCGUUCCUUACUCCUUGACGCUUGGGUAUUCUUACUGGAGUGCAGAUCAUAUACUAAAGCAGGUUCUUCCAGCUGGAGUUGAGGUGCCUUCGUCGUUCGAGACAAUAGUUGAGUAUUUAUGUCACAUUGCUCAUUUAAAUAUACAUGAUGAACUGCUACCAUUCAAGGAUGUCAUUGCCAAAGUUAUUUAUGAUAAAAAUCAUCCCAGGAUCAGAACUAUUGUCAAUAAAGUCGGAUCUAUAUCGAACGAGUUUCGAGUUCCCAAGUUUGAGAUCCUGGCUGGAGACAGUGAUAUGGUCACGGAAGUUAAGCAAUAUGGAGCUACGUUCAAACUUGACUACGGUUUGGUUUAUUGGAAUUCGAGAUUGGAGCAUGAACACAUAAGACUAGUGUCUCAAUUUCGACCUGGGGAGAUCAUAUGCGACAUGUUUGCUGGAAUUGGUCCUUUUGCUGUUCCUGCAGCACAGAAAGGAUGCAUUGUUUAUGCAAAUGAUCUGAAUCCCGACAGUGUUCGUUAUUUGAAGAUCAAUGCCAAAGUUAACAAGGUUGAUGAUCUUGUAAUUGCCUUUAAUAUGGACGCUAGGAAAUUCAUGGCCCAGCUUAUGACGCUGCCAGCAGCUCAUGAAGACAAACCAGUGGUCUCUAAAGUAGAGACUGUUGAAGAUAUGAAAAGAGACCAAGAGCAAGUGACAGUUGGGGCAAAGUAUUCAUCUGAUGCUGCAUCCACAGCUUCUGUCAAAGGGACUCAAGAUUAUUGUGGUGAAGAAAAUGGGAAAGACCUUGGAGCGGCGGGUAAAGGUAGGAAGAACAAGAGGAUAAAGCUCUCCGAGUUGCCCAAUCUCAACACUUGGGAGCAUGUUGAUCAUGUGAUUAUGAACCUCCCUGCUUCUGCCAUAGAGUUUCUUGAUGCGUUUAAGAAGCUAAUCCCCAGGCAAUGCUGGCAGGGUGAUCUUCCCUUGAUUCACUGCUAUUGCUUCAUUCGGGCAAAUGAAACCCAAGAAAUGAUAAUUAAGGUGGCCGAAUCUGCCCUGGGUGCUCAGAUAAAAGAUCCUAUAUUGCAUCGAGUUAGGGAUGUUGCUCCGAACAAGGCUAUGUUUUGCUUAACCUUCCGAUUGCCAGAAGGAUGCUUCACAGACGAUGCCUCCACCUGACUUGCGACCACAAUUUAGAGACUUGUUGAUCAAUCUACGAGCUAAAAAGCAUCUCCGCCAUGGUUUUUGCGAGUCUAGUCACCUAAGUUGUUGCUAUCAAGUACCCUUUCCAGCUACACCAGAGCUUUUCGACAUGUGUUUCAAAGUUUUCCCCAGGAAUGUGAUUCAAUCUGUAGUCAGGUCACAGUCCAUACCCUUCUUCUGAUGCUGUUUCUAUUUUUGGAACCCACAUUCAAGUUCCAUUCUCAUGGAGGGUUAGAUGGAUGGGCUUAUAGGCCUCGUGGGAGAAGUCAGGAGGCAAAAUGUGAACAUGGGAUAGGAUUUGCUGUUGGGUUGGAAGAAUAUACUGUCGAAACUAAAGUCCCUUUUGCCUCUGCAAAUAUAUUUAUGGUGAUAAUGAAGCCCUUUGUGUACGGCUACCACCACCAUGUUAGGGAAAGGCCACAACUUUGAGAAGAAAGGGGGAGCCAGAAGAUAACGAGGCACGUAGACUGAAGCUGGAAAGUUGGUUUUGUAAAGAAGGCGUCUUUCCCCUAAUUCCUAUCCAUCCUUAUGGGCAAAAAAAUUGGAAAGAAAGAUUGCAUAAAAUAUUGACAGGGUCAUCAGUCAUCAGUUCAGUCAAUAGCCUUUCAGCUUAGUUAAGCAAAGUAAUGACCAUGACCAUGUCUUCCACU